AUGAAGUUCUCUGCAGUUCUCUCUACCUUCCUGGUAGCCGGCCUGGUUGUCGCUGCUCCUCCUGCUCCACGCCCUACUGAUAUCCAAGCUCACCACCACCCCAACCCUCCUCCCAACGCUCCUCUUCCAAAACCCCACGACAACAACAAGCGUGACGCCCCGGAGCCUCCUAAGGAUGAGCCUACACCCGACGCUCCCAAGCCUGUGAAUGAUCCCCAGCCCCAUGAUCAGCCCAAGCCCAUCCCUCAAUACCCUAAGGACGGACCCCUUCCCAACGACCCGAAUCCCCCACAGAAGCGCGACGAUGGACCGAAGCCUCCUAAGAAUCCUCAGCCAAAACCUCGGCCUCAACCAAAGCCUCAGCCGAAGUCCCAGCCGAAGCCCCAGCCUAAGCCUAAGCCCCUCGAUGACAAGCCGCAGGAUCCGCCUAGGCACAACUAGGUCAUGCGAGAUGGUGUUGCUGGGAUAGUUGUUGCGUCAGUGAUGAGUGUAUGCUUGUACGGAGCAAAUUAUGCUGCUAUUAUGGUUGCUAUGGGUAGAUAAAAGUUAACCAGAUAGAAUAAUGAGCAAAAGCUUUCUUCGGUUUUUGAUAUAAUUCCAGUUUGAUCAGGA